CACCCGGACAGCUUGCCUCACCUCACCUGGCUUCUGCCCACUCCUGGCAAACCCAUCAGGACCAAAUUGGAUCAGCCAGCAGCAGCAUGGCUACCAAAUGUUCCAAGUGUGGCCCUGGCUACCCCACUCCUCUGGAGGCCAUGAAAGGACCCCGUGAAGAGAUUAUCUACCUACCCUGUAUUUACCGAAACACGGGCACCAAGGCUCCAGACUAUCUGGCUACAGUGGAUGUGGACCCCAUGUCUCCCCAGUAUAGCCAGGUCAUCCACCGGCUCCCCAUGCCCCACCUGAACGACGAGCUGCAUCACUCAGGAUGGAACACCUGCAGCAGCUGCUUCGGGGACAGCACCAAGUCCCGCAACAAACUGGUGCUGCCCUGCCUCAUCUCCUCCCGCAUCUACGUGGUGGAUGUGGGCUCUGAGCCCCGCGCCCCGAAGCUGCACAAGGUUGUCGAGGCCAAGGAGGUACAAGCUAAAUGUGACCUGAGCUACCUGCACACCAGCCACUGCCUGGCCAGUGGGGAAGUGAUGAUCAGCACCUUGGGAGAUCCCAACGGCAAUGGCAAAGGGGGUUUUGUGCUCCUGGACGGGGAGACCUUUGAGGUGAAGGGGACGUGGGAGCGGCCUGGGGGUGCCGCACCCAUGGGCUAUGACUUCUGGUACCAGCCUCGACACAAUGUCAUGAUCAGCACCGAAUGGGCACCUCCUAAUGUCUUAAAAGAUGGCUUCAAUCCAGCUCAUGUGGAGGCAGGACUCUAUGGAAGCAGCAUCCACGUGUGGGACUGGCAGCGCCAUGAGAUCAUCCAGACCCUGCCUAUGAAGGAUGGGCUCAUUCCCCUGGAGGUCCGCUUCCUGCACAACCCAGACGCUGCCCAGGGUUUUGUGGGCUGUGCCCUCAGCUCCACCAUCCAGCACUUCUACAAGAAUGAGGGAGGUACUUGGUCAGUGGAGAAGGUGAUUCAGGUGCCGUCCAAGAAAGUGAAGGGCUGGCUGCUGCCAGAAAUGCCAGGCUUGAUUACUGACAUCUUGGUGUCACUGGAUGACCGCUUCCUCUACUUCAGCAACUGGCUGCACGGCGAUGUGCGGCAGUAUGACAUCUCUAACCCCCGCCAGCCCCGCCUCGCGGGACAGAUCUUCCUUGGGGGCAGCAUUGUUAAGGGAGGCCCUGUGCAAGUGCUAGAGGAUCCGGAACUGAAGUGCCAGCCAGAGCCACUGGUGGUCAAGGGAAAGCGGGUGCCUGGAGGCCCUCAGAUGAUCCAGCUUAGCCUGGACGGCAAGCGUCUCUACCUCACCACAUCCCUGUACAGUGCGUGGGACAAGCAGUUUUACCCCGACCUCGUCAGGGAAGGCUCGGUGAUGCUGCAGAUUGACGUAGACACAGUAAACGGAGGCCUGAAGCUGAACCCCAAUUUCCUGGUGGAUUUUGGGAAGGAGCCCCUGGGCCCAGCCUUAGCCCAUGAACUCCGCUACCCAGGUGGUGACUGCACCUCUGACAUUUGGAUCUGAAGUCUGACCUUGGAGCCUCUUCUUCUACAUCCUCAGCCUCCACUGGAGGAUGAGCUUGGCUUCACUCUGCUUGCUCUUGAACCUGACCUGGGGCAGUGGGCCCCACCAAAGCCAACAGAGACGUUCCGACAUCUCCCUUCCUGACCACUGUUGCUCAUUGCUCACUGUGCUGUUUUUACACAAGCUCUCAGAAGCACUGGGAAAUAAACUACUCUCAGAUU